UAAUUUAUACUAGAGCCACCAUUCUUAAUGUAUUUAUAUUCUAUUGCUACUCCACGCAGGAGUUGAGAUAUGCUGAUGAUGUAUAAACCUGUAGCUGGAGAGGAAGGAUUAUUGUUGCUGCCUGAAAGGGGAAUGAUUCAAGUCGUGUCUCCUGAGGCCAGUAGGCCUAAAGUGUAACUGGUGAAGAGAAGGGAGUUAUCAGGGGAAAGCACCAAGCCGUUACGACUAUAUAGCAAUUGGAAGGGGUCAGGAUAAGGAUUUGGGAUGGGACGGGGGGAAGGAAUGGUGCCCAACCACUUGGACGGUCGGGGAUUGAACGCCGACCUGCAUGAAGGGAGACCGUCGCUCUACCGUCCAGCCCAAGUGGUUGGACAUGUAACUGGUGAAUAAAUAUUUACAUUAUGACCUAAACAUGGCCACUAUAACAAGAGGCCCGUAACAAUAUCGUCGUGUGUUCAGAUGACCUCCGAGAUAUUAAACACUUGACCUCUGGCAUGAAAAUGAUUGUCAACUGCACCCCAAGAGGCCAAAUAUGUCGACUGUUUGUUCAAUAAAUUAAUAAUUGUUUGAAUUAGUGGUAAAAUUGAUAUGUGCAAUGAAAUUAGGGUCAGAUAAUAAUAGUAGUGUGUGUAUGCGUUAAAAAGAGUAGUUUCACUUUUAACUUUCUCCAUCAUGUAUAUAAUAUUGUUUGUAAUUUAACUUUUUACUUCAUAUAUAAUGGUUUGUAUAAUAAUAUAAGUCCUCUGUCUUGCGGAGGCGAUUCCAUGCUUGGAGAUGCCGCAGGCAUAUCUGUAGGUCAGUCACGGCGACUCAGACUUCCUCCUCAGAAAGUUAUGAGAUGUAACUGACAUAUUCAUCCCAACACCAACAUCUCUCCCGCAGUAAUUAUUGAUGAGAACCUCAACCAUUGGAAAUAUUCCCUGGGUCCUGUAGCAUAGGUCACAACCGAGGUUAAAGGUGCAAUCCUCGGGUGGGAGAAUAUUUGGGUAAUGUUUCUUUUCACCUGUUCACCUAACAGAAAAUUGGUACCCGGGAAUUAGACAACUGUUGUGGGUUGCAUUCUGAAAAAUUUCAGCAGUUGACCACUGGGUACCUCGAUAAGCAUAAGCGCCGUCUUUCAUUUAUAAACGGGGAGGUUUGGUGGGUGCAUGGAAUGGAUUUUGGCCUUUGUUUAUGAGGAUGGGCUGCCUAACCUACCAGAGAACCCAAAACAGAAAACGGGACUACGUCACUCUCACGAGCCGCUUCCAUUUUCAAGUACGACAAUUUUUGGCCAUAUGCAACGCAUACGAUCGAAAUGUAACGUUCUUUGUAAGAGGACAGGAUGGAUAGAGAUUCAUUACCUUAAAACCAGGCUUUUCUUGUUCCUGCUUUAUCGCUCAGUUUAUUCAUUCCCCUGUUAGCUCUCCAAUCUUAUCUUUGUUGUAUCUGUACUAGCUCUGAUAAGAGCAGAUCCACCAAUGUGUGUGGAUACACAGCCGAUGCUCUUGAGAUAAGAGAUACACUUGAAGCGAAUUACUUAGACGUCCUCAGUACAGCUGCUAUUUGUGCCGAAAGACCAUGUUAACAUUGCUCAGUUUUCUCAGUUUUAAACGUUGUGUGUAACUGAGGUAUAUUUACUGGGUGAAUAAUCCAAGAAGUAGAUGGACAUAUUGCACACACACACACACACAAACUUUAACAAUAUUGAAAUUAAAAAAAAAAAAUUGAUGCGAAGGAAUAAUGUGCCAGAAAAUGGAAUAAAUCCUGACAAAAGUGUUCAGUGAAACAGAAGUGAGACUACACGUUGGUACAGCAGGUUGACACCUGCUCCCCACAACCCAUAAACCUUGCUCUCAUAUAAUUCUGUAUUGCUUUUGUUAAUAAUACAUAGGCAACUGAAAAAGGAUCCAUUUUUAAACGAGUGUUAACUAUACAGAAAUUGUUUCGUGAAUUUAUAAAACUUAUGAUUUACAUGACAUAUCACGUGUAAUCAAUGUCACUACCCAGUAUUGAAGGACGUCUCUGCCCUAGCGGCAGUACGAAGCAUUGAUAUAUAGAAGGAACAUCAGUUUUGUUCCAAUAAAAAUUAUUUAACUAAGAAAUUAAAUAACUAAGGCGAAAUUAAUAAUAUAUUGAUAUAAUAUUAAAAUACUUCAAUCAUGUUUAAGAUACCCAAGCCUCCAACGGUGACUGUGGUGGUGAGGAACCUGCCAGCAGGAACCACUGAGGAGCAUCUACGGUCCCUCUGCGAGAAUUUUGGCGGGAUGGUUGAGGUGGAGAUCCCUAAACGAGCGGCUCUCUUCAAGAAGUUUAUCUUCGGGUUUGUGCGGUUCGUGAGUCUCGACGCGGCCCUCAAUGCUGUGAUGAAACUGGACGGUUUGGUCGUCCAGCGACGCACCAUCAACGCACAACUGGCGAAGAGUCACUGGCGCAACACCAACCAGAAUACAGUGUUAUACGAGGAGCCAGAGGAGAAGGAAGGAGAGGACGAGGCUAGCUCUAGCCUCACUGAGGACGACCUCGACACCACCAUCAUGCACAUGUGUCACCAGCAGUGGCUCCACCACCGCCGCACGCAUAGGAACCAAGAUUUGCCAUCUUUUGGUAAAAUCAUGGAAAUAUUGUCCCAGCUGUCUACAAGCGAUGAUGAGGACUCUGAGACGGAGGAGGUCGAGUUCUCAUUCUCUGAGAUGAUGCUUGAUGAACCCGAGAUGAAACCUGUUGAGCCUGAGAUGAGGCUUUCAAACCCUGGGGUGAGGUUUGUUGACCCAGAGAUGAAGUUUGCUGACACUGAGAUGAGGCUUAUUGACCCUGAAAUUAGACUUGCUGAUCCUGAGAUGAGGCUUCCAAACACUGGGAUGAGCCACUAGCCAGACCCAGCGGUGAUUAACGUGACUGUGCAAAGACGUCUUCCAUCGUGUCGACCCAUCCAGCCACUAGUCAGACCUUGCAGUGGUUAGCCUGACCCCAUAAGUCUAGAUGGCGACCCAUCUAAGC